AUUCGAAUAGGCUUUACUUUAUAAUAUGACCUGCUGCACUGGACAAACCUAAGACGACACAUGCACUGACCAGCAAUUUCCCGCGUUCGAUAUUAUGACACUAUGUUCAACCCAAAAUCGUUCGCACCUACCUCGGUGGCAGCCUCUUCAUGCACAGCGAUGGCACCAUAACUGUAACCCCACAUCCGUCAAUCGGUACUUGAAUGUCGUGCCACGGCUACACGACCAUAUUGGGCACAACAACAUCCUGACCUCUGCAAGCUUACUGCUCCACAGCAUAUUCUUGAGACGACAUGGAAGCAAGCUGACGUCUGCAUUGGGCGAUGGAGCUGACCGUGGAUGGCCGAUGUCCGAAGCAAGUACAUCCUCUGCGAUGAUUUCGAACAUCAUCAUCAUCAUCCGAUGCGGAGACAAGAAUAAACAUAAAAGGCUGGACCUACGGCAGAGCGGACUCGUUCUUCUCCCGUCCGGACCUCAAGCUCUCCCUCGUUUCCUUGCAGCCCCCUUCAAUCUUCUCGAACAGCUUCCACGCAAGUCCUGUUGAUCAUUUGCUUGGAAGUGCCAUUGCAACUCUGCACUCACCUACUCAUUCAUCAUGGAUAACAACCGCUUGUUCUUGAGCAUUAUGCUCGCCUCCUCGGUUGCUGCUUCCCCGUGGCAAACCAGUGAUUGGAAUGGCUAUGGUUCGCCUCCGUCCUGGGUCACUGCUUCCAAGACGCAAGGAGGCCCACAAGGUGGCCCGUACGGCGGCUGGGGCCCGAACGGCGGCUGGAGCUCCU